GAAUGUGUGUGCGAGUCGGCUCGAGAGGAAUUUUCGCACUACUGAGACGACGGUGAGUGGUCGCACAGGAAUUUCCCAAGACCCGAUCGCCGGUCGCGAUCAUUUGAAGCGCGUGUGGUAUAAUUAAUCGUAACUGCUCUUGAAGGGGCGUUGGUGCGUGAAUUCUAGUGCUAGACGUGUUAUACCGGGGCAUCCGGGGAAGGUGAACGAACCGGUCGUCGGUGUCGUGUGCGUGCGUGUGUGUGUGUGUGCACGAGCCGUAAGGAGCAGUUGCGUUAGUAACUCUGACCUGCUGGGAAAAACCUGCCAACAACAUGUCUGACCUGGAGGAUAUGAGCAACUUUGACGCGUGGCUCGAGAAGGACUUUCUCAGCAAAAUCAACCGGCUCGAGACGGAGCUCGAGGAUGUGAAGGACAAGAAGAACAACCUGGACAAGGACCUCAAGAAGAAGACGAUCGAGUGUGACAUCCUGCGGGCGAAGGUGGGCAAACUCGAGCAGGUACCGUCAAACAAUGCGGCCUCAACGGAAAAGAUCGAGAUCCUCGAGAAGGAGGUCAAACGCAAGACGAUGGAGCUUGACAUCCUGCGUUCGAAGCUGUCACAGGCGGAAACGAACCCGCAAGCGUCGCAGGACAUGAGCGAGCGGGUGAAGCAGCUCGAGAAGGAGCUAAAGAAGCGCAUCAUCGAGAAUGGCAUCCUGCGCGGGAAGCUAACGGAGGUCGAGAGUGAACCGCAAACGCCGGAAGCGCAGGAAAAGCUCGACGAGCUGGUGCGCGGUCUCCAGCGGACGGAGAGUGUGGUGUUGCGCGAGAAAGUCAAGGAUCUGGAAGGUGACUCGGAAGCGUCCGAGCGAAACGGUGAGCUAGAGCGAGAGCUGAAGAAGAAAAACAUCGAGAGUGACAUCCUGCGAUCGAAGCUGAAGCAGUUCGAGCAUGCACCGUCGAGCAUGCAGGAGACAAACGAGCGGAUGCGCGACCUAGAGAAGCAGGUCAAGAAGUACCAGAUCGAGGCGGACAUCCUGCGGGCGAAGGUGAGCCAGCUCGAGAGCGAUGCGGCGACACGUGACGACGAGGAAUCGACCGAGCGGAUCGAGGAGCUAGAGAAGGGCCUGAAGAAGAGCACGACCGAGGGUAACAUGCUGCGGGCGAAGAUGCAGAUGUUCGAGAAGGAGUCGACCGCGACGCAGGACUCGAACAGCGAACAGAUCGAGGAGCUGCGAAAGGGCCUCAAGAAGAGCACGACCGAGAGCCAGAUCCUGCGCUCGAAGCUGACCGAGCUGGAGAGCAAACAGGCGCACAGUGGCUCGAGCAGCUACAAGAUCGAAACGCUCGAGCAGGAGCUGAAGAAGAAGAACAUCGAGAACGACAUCCUGCGGUCGAAGGUGGAGCAGCUCGAGCGCGUUCCGCUCGCUGACAGCCCGGCGAACGAGAAGAUCGACGAGCUGCAGAAGGAGAUCCGCAAUCUGAAGAUCCAGAACGACAUCCUGAAGUCGAAGCUGAACCAGGCGGAAGAUGAACCGGCGGCGACGCAAGAAUCGACCGAUCGCAUCAGCGAGCUGGAGAACGAACUGAAGAAGCGCACGAUCGAGAGUGACAUCCUGCGGGCGAAGGUGACGCAGCUCGAGUGCGAGCUUUCGCCGAGCAAGAACUCGAGCGAACGGAUAGAGGACCUUGAGAGCGAGCUGAAGAAGAAGACGCUCGAGAACGACAUCCUGAAGUCGAAGGUGAGCCAGCUCGAGGGGGAGGUGAUCGCGCACACGGGCGCCACCAAGCCGGACCCACACGAGGUGAAGAAGUUGAAGGAGAAACACGAGGAGGUGAUGAACAAGGCCAAGGAGUUGCUGUUCGAGCGAACGAAAACCGUGAAGACGCAGGACAUGCAGAUCAAGGCGCUCCAGAACCAGAUCGAGAACAUCAAGGAGGUGGUGACGGUCACGAAGGAUAUGCUCAACAUACGCAACAUGGAGCACGAGCAGCUGCAGACGCGGUUCGAGAACAUCGACAGUAAGAUGAAGGCGGAGCGGGAACGUCAGACGCUGCUCGAGAAGAAGCUGACCGUUUCGCAGAAGAUGUACAACGAUCUGCGGGAGGAGUACACGACGCAGCUCGAGCUCUUCAAGGAUUCUUCUUCGUCAAAUUCCAGGAAAUCCAGAAAAACUACGCCGAAAAGAUCGAACUCAUCAAGGAGGAGAUCGAAUCCGUCAGGAAUGGUGCCAAAAAUUGACUCAUCUUAUCGGCAGGACCAGCAGCUGCCCACAGUCACCGUUGACGAUCAUCUGCGGAGUGAGCUUGAAGGACGAUCGUGCUGCUGUGCUGUGCAAUAAUAAUACGAAAACAAACACACACAAAAACUCGCGUCCUUCUAAUGUGCCGGCUAGAUAACAGCAUCUACCACUACGUACGCAAGCUCCGUCGAGCUAUCUUUUAUCAUUUAUCGUCCGCAGCUCGCCCCACCUAAUGAGCGUACUGGAGCGAUGUGUAGCCUUUCCCGUUGCAUCCUGUUUUUCCCUAGAAACUGUAUUUAUUGCAGAGGUAUACUUUGCAAGGGCCCCCAGUUAGGCAAGCGAUAAGAUUACUUACUAUAUUACGGAUGGAAAUAAAUAACUUUUACA